GUUCUGCCGUUGGACUUUUUAUAUUUUUAAAUAAAAAAAAUCAAGCGCUAAUUGAAUUUUGUCCAAGUGAGCGACUCACAGCAGAAUUAGUGGGAUUGAUGGUUCACAAUUACUGUACGCAGUGUCGGUGCACUAAAUCAAGUAACCUGGAGCAUGGAAAGCAUUUUUUGGCUAAAAAUCUAAAUUGGUCUCUAUGGAAAGCCCUGAUCGUUCAUGUUGGCUAGUUCAGACCACGUUCUACCAUGUCGUUGGUCCACGCACGCCAAGCUUUGGGUUUUUCUUUUUUUGUACGUAGUCUAUAAUUUACGCACAUCUAUUGACACGUCAAACCAGCUCCUCAUGGCCAGUACAAAAUUUAGAAGAACUCCAUCGUAUUUUUUCAUAAAGCGUUUGGCACCUGAGUUACGAUGGGUCUCUACGAAGGGCGAUCAGAUUCUGGGAGAGUCGGGUAUAGGUAAUCCAGCCAUAUUCCCGCGGAGAGAGAUCGCUGCUCUAGCGGGGUUAACCAUCAGCUUCUGUCUCCUUGGGUAGCUGAUCCACAAAUUUUAGACCGCGCAAAAAAGAAUACAGCCUUCAAGCACACAUUGACCUGGCUUGCGCUUCAAACUCGCUAGCGGACUCCAUACCAAUAAAUCGAUACCUGGUGUAACACAUCGCAAUUAUAAUGUUACCACCAAUGCAUCAGGGCGUUUAGAAGCCAUGGCCCUUGUCAGAUGGGUGGUAGAAA